AUGCCCCCCAUUCAUAUCAUCAUCAACAACAACAAUACUCAUGACACGGAACAACCAUCUUCUGCUGUGCCACAAGGAGAAACCUCCGCCAAUCCGUCUCCACCACGGUUCCGUCCUCUCAAUAACAAUGACAAUGAAGAAACCACCGAAGCAGAACGCAAAAACAUUCAAGAUUCUCGAACCAACUUUGCCAUUCUCCAUUUUGCCUUGACGGUCCCAAAGUACAGUGUCUCGCUGUUCUUGUUCUUGGCGGCUAGAUGUAUUCCAUUGCAGACACCCCAGGAGGCCAUUCAUACGCCUUUGGCCAGCCUAAAGACGUUGAUCAAAAUGGAGACUCAGUCCUACACUUCUUGUACCAAGGAAGCCUUUGAUCACGUCCUUUUCGUGCAACUGGAAGAAUUGGCACACACCGAAUACACCCGGGCCUUGGAUGCCCAAGACAAGAAUCGAAAGAGGAUUCAAAUUGCGACAAAGAAGGCUCAGGACUGUUCCAUGGCCACCAAUAUGGCCAAGAAAAGUUUGCAGACCUGGCAGGCAGUCAAUCGAGUGGAAGAUUUCCCCCACCAAACUUGCCAGACGGCAGCGGACCAAGCCAUUCUCGAUUCCUUCUUGGGAAAUAACAAUAACACGUCAAAGUCCCUCUUGGUGGUGGAGGACGAAAUCACCUCCCAACUCGGGGCAUACACGUUGAAAUCCACGCAUUCCAUGCAACUGAUCGGACGUUACGCACAGGAUCGCAUGGAAUACGAUUAUGACUAUUUUGUCACGAACCGGAUUCAACCUACCCUUCAACUCUUGCAAGGCGCUGCCACUCUGACAACCACUUUCACAUCCUUUCCAUCAGUAUUGAAUCACGAGGAGCUAACACAACGCCUUGAAGAUUCCUUGAAGGAUUUGGAAGCUACUCUCGAUGCGGCCAAGACUCAGAUGGACAAUUUAUCCGCGAGACUACAAGAUUACACCCAGAGCAUUGAAGCAUUCUAUCAACAUUAUCAAGAUAUCUACAGUCGACUCCGAAAGGGUGCCGAAUUUGUAAUUGAAUUCCUUCCGACUGGUUCGAAGAUACCAAAUAUGUUUGAAAUGAACAGUCUUCCCAGAGCCAACUCGCUGUUGCCACAAUUCUAUCAUUAUCCAAUAGAUAAUGAUUUUGCCCUCCAGACCCAACAAGUGUUGGAGCAAACCAAAACAAAAUUUAUUCUGCUGUUGGAAGAGGUCUACACCGAAGUAGAACAAGAAGCAAAGCAUCACUUGAGAGGGCACAGCAUGGACUUGAUGGACAAAAUUUCUGUUUCGUUGCAAAUGGAAGGCUACGAUCCUCCCAAAUUUCAGGGGUCACUUGACGGAAUCACCACCACCGUGGAGAAAGAGUUGCAAUAUGUGCAAUCCCUAGGCAAGCAAAUGCACCAGAGUACGACUGAAGUACUGGGACCAUUGAAAGACUUGUACCAACAACACCUUUCCACCAGCAACUUUCCAUCCAACUUGACAAUAAGUGGCAGUUGGAAUCAGUCGUCCGCCAUUGCCGCAUCCGACAUCUUGCCAACCACGACCUUUGAUUACCUAAAGCCGGUAUUUCCAGAUAUCUCGAUUCCAGAAUUUUUGCUUUCGAUCUUUUCUUGGAUUCUAUCCAAUGCUUGGAUCGUCGAGACUGUUGUCCAAGCAAUACGGUUGUGGAUCUUGGAGGCCAAAUAUACCAAAGGAGCAAUCCCCGAUCUACCAGUACUGGAUUACGAAGAGGAGUUUCUGUCACGGACCUUUGAAAACAAUGGAGAAUCUCGGUCGUUGGCACUCUUGUUCAAGACUCUUUUGUCUGCCUUUGCCUCGCCUUUGUACUGGUUGGGCUUGGUCCUUGUCCCACUGACUUUGGGAAUCUUGGUCAUUUGGCGUCCUCAUGUACAGACGAGUUGUGUGGAUUCCAGAAAUGGUACCUACCUUGCCAAUAAUUUCUUUGCACCACUGCUCAUUAAUGGAGCCAACGCUCCUGGACAUGCUCUGUAUCUGCAGGGAGAAUCGGAAUGUCAUCAAUCCAAACAAUCCAUUUGCAAUGAGAUGUCGGUAGAAUUCGACGCCGCCCUUCAUUCGGACACGGCAACUGUGAAUGCGUUGAAAGUACACCGAAAUGAGUCUCUUCAAACGAUUCAUGCCUUGGAAACUUGUAUCGAUUUGAGCUUGAAUGCUGAAGCAAUGGAUCUGGCAUGUUGUGGAUUGAAGGGAUACGGAACACAGAACUGCAAUGAUACAGAUCUGGUUUGUCCCAUUGACGAGCUCGCUCCUCACGGAGAAGCUGCAUCUUUUCGACCAGUGAUGGAGUAUAUUGAGGAUGGAUCUUGUGCGACUGACCGAUUUCCUUUGAACUUGGACGAUGCUCGCUUCAACUGCGCAGCUCUUACCAACGCAUGUUUCGAUAUUCCAUGUACUGGUGUGAACGAGGACUAUCUUUUGGCCAAGACCAUUGGAGUAGACUGCCAAAUUGAGCUGUAUGUUUUGGAUUGCUGCUCUUUUAUCAUUGUGGUUCUGUAUCAGGUCAUUGCAGUGAGUUUGAUUUGCACAAUGCUGUUUCAAGGGAUUCGGCAGCUCUUUUGGCGCAAGCUAUGUCCAGAUGGAGUUCGCUUUCACACUCAGCUCUGUGAGAAUGGAAAAAUUGCAUUUGGCGACAGCAAAAUGGAUCGGUUUGAGCGAAUGUCAGUGACAAUCCAACGCUAUGAGCGCAGUGGUAAAUUCAAGUUGAUACUUGGAUGCUUGGCACUGAUUUGGUGGGGUAUCUCAUUGGUCGUAUUUCGUCAUUAUGAGGUUUUCUGA